AUGGGUUCACUUUUUCCAGGCUUUGUUUUACUAUUAUUAGUCUCCCUCUCUCAAGCUCAUGAUGUGAUAGAUGAUGUUUGUUCCAAGUCAGAGAAUCCAUCUUUGUGCACCAGUAUUCUGAGAUCCGACCCACAGUGUUCCGGAGCACAAAUUCAUAAAUUGUAUGAAAUCUUUGUGAAGAAAGCAGUACUCUCCACCCAAGCAGCUUUAGAGGUGGCUAAAUCCUAUAGCAGUGGCGCAGAUAAAGCAAAAUGUGAUGUGUGCGCCAAGUCUUAUACCAAUGCCAUCAACAGCCUUAACAGUUGUCAGCAUUUGAUAAACACGAAUGAUAGGGCCAGCAUCACUACUCUGCGUACUAGGUUGACGACAGUUAAGACUGAUGUUGCGGCAUGCGACAAUCAAUUUGGGGAGAACCAGCCGUUUAUGUUGAAAGCAGCCAGCCGCUCGUGCCAAGAAGUAAUCUCUGUGCUUUUAGCCAUUUCGAACCGUAUGUGA